AAGAGAGAGAUAUUGCUGUUUGCGGGUUAGUCUCCAGACAUGGAGGACUCUGACCUUCGUCAACAGAAGCUGGAUAAUCAGCGAAAUUUGCUGAUCAGAAAGCAGCAGAAAAAACGAUCAGACACCCAGAUGGUCACAGCCAAUCCUGACACCCGACCCAAAAAUCGUCGCCAGAAAGCGGCAAGUGAGGACACAGCCCUGCUACUCGACCCAUCCCAAAGCCAGACAUCAUUGAAUGGCUCUCAGAGCGAGCUGGGCCUUGAUGGGGUCCUGGAGGAGAUCUGCCUGGGGGAAAUGGACAUCUCCGGCCAGACCAACAGAGGGCUGGAGGACGAUGAUGAAGAAGAGGCAGCCAAGACCCUUCAGAAGGACAACGAGGGCAAGACGGUGGCUAAGAACCUCCUGGGCAUCUACACGAAUGCUGAUCAGGACGAGGAGAAGAAACCCAAGAAAAAAGUCAUGAAAAAGGGCAAACAGGGGAAGGCUGGAGAAGAGGACGGAGAGAAACAGAAGGAAAAGAAAGAGAAGAAAGGAAAGAAGAAAGAUAAAAAGAAUGAAAACAAAUCCAAAGACAACCAGAAUGAAGAGGAACAAAUGACAAUUCACAUAGAUGCAGUGACGGAGUUCCAGAUUGGCAAUGAGAAGAUUUCUGCGUCAGACCCAGAGGAGGAGAAGAUGGACUACACAAAGAGUCCAGUUCCUCCCACUCCCAAGAAGAAGCAAUCAACUAAGGCACGAUGCCAGGUGAGCGACGAGGAGGACGAGAAGAUGGAGGUGGUGAAGUCCCCCAAGCAGUCCAAGAAGAAGGAGAAGAGCGACAAGUCCAACCCCAGCCUCGCCUCCCUCAACUCCAACUACAGGGAGACUUCCACAGACAGCGACCACUCAGGAAGGGCCUCCCCGCUCUCAGUGGACGACCUGGAGCAGUUUGCGCUGCGGCCUGCCCCAAGAGACAUGACCAUUCAGUGUCGCAUCACCCGCGACAGGAGAGGGAUGGAGAAAGGCAUCUACCCCUCAUACUACCUGCACAUGGAGAAGGAGGACGGCAAACGGGUGUUCCUGAUGGCAGCGAGGAAGAGGAAGAAGACCACCACCUCAAACUACCUCAUCUCAACCGACCCCACCGACCUCUCCAGAGAAACCAACAGCUACAUCGGCAAACUGAGGUCGAAUGUCUUGGGUACCCGCUUCACAGUGUAUGACAACGGAGUGAAUCCAGACAAGAAGCCCUUCAUCCAGGAGUCAGAGAAGCUACGACAGGAGCUGGUGGCCAUUUGUUACGAAAAAAAUGUGUUGGGAUUCAAAGGCCCCAGAAAGAUGACAGUGGUCAUACCAGGGAUGAAGGAUAAUGAUGAGAGAGUCUGCAUUCGGCCCAAGACUGAUCUGGAGACUCUUCUCACGCGCCAUGACAACAGCAACACUGACAACCUGGUCACCCUGUUGAACAAGUCUCCCACCUGGAACGAGCAAACGCAGUCAUAUGUGCUCAACUUCCACGGCAGGGUCACCCAGGCCUCAGUCAAAAACUUCCAGAUCGUUCACCCUGACAAUGUGGACUACAUUGUGAUGCAGUUUGGACGGGUGGCUGAGGACGUCUUCUCUAUGGACUAUAGCUUCCCCAUGUGUGCUUUACAAGCCUUUGCAAUAACGUUGUCCUCCUUUGACGGGAAGUUAGCUUGUGAGUGAAUAAAACUACAAUGAUGCACCUUGAAAAGUCUGGGAGACUUUUUGUGGCAAGUGUGAAAGUGUGACAUUGUGCACCAUAAUUGAAAGCAUGGCAAUGUUGAGGGUUGACAGUUUGCACUAUUCAAUUCCAUGCCUUGAAUUUUUACACAAAUGUACAGUUGUUUGAAAGAUUUAAGUGUAAUUGUGUCAUUUUUCAUUGCUGUAAAUCUGCCUACACCCUGUAAAACCUGGGCAGACGUCAUAAUUUCAAUUAACUGAAAAUA